AUGAAAAACCAGAAGAAGAAGAAGAAGGAGGAAAUUAUGAGCAAAGCCAACAAUCAAAUGGUGACCACCAAGGAAGGGUUGAACAUCAAUAUAAAACAAGGAAAUAUUGAAGAUGCGACGACCAAUGUGGUGGUAAACAGUGUGGGAACAGACCUAAAUCUUGGUGCUGGAGCUGUGUCAAAGGCUUUGUUUACGAAGGCUGGAAACAACCUCCAGGAUCUUCUGAAUACAGAGAGACAGGGGAAGCAGGUGGAAGACGGCUCCAUAUUUGUUUACUGAUGGCUGUAAACUGUCCUGUGACAUGGUUAUCCAUGCUGUGUGGUUCCAACGUGGAAUGGUGCGAAUGGUUCUUCUGAGAAGAUUCUGAGAAAAACUGUGAGUGACUGUCUGAUCACCACAGAAACCAAACAACACAGAUCCAUCACAAUCCCAGCCAUCGGAACGGGAAUUCUGGGAUUUCCCAGGAAUAUUGCGGCUGCCUUAAUGUUUGAGGAAAUUCUCGAGUUCAGCAGCAAAAAUCAACUCCAAUAUCUGAAACAAGUGGAUUUCAUGCUGCACCCGAGUGACACAGAAACUAUAAAGGCUUUUAACUCUGAGCU